CUGAGCGGAGGCACCAGAAGCAGCUCGGACAGACAAACGGCAACAUGAGGACGCGCACGCUUUUGUCCAUAACUCUGCUGGGCCUGCUGCUGUGGGCCUCCUGCAUCCAGGCCGACGACACAGACGCCGAGACUGAAAAAGAGACGGAAACACCGGAGGAGACAUUAGACGAAGACUCUUCAGUAAAGACAGGAGAGGAGGAGGAGGAGGAGGAGGAGGAGGAGGAGAAAGAUGCACCACAGAAAGAGAAAACAACAGAGAUAGAAGAGGAGAGAGACGUGAUGGUGCUCCACAUCAACAACUUUGACAGAGCUCUCAGCGAGAAUCAGUUUGUGCUGGUCGAAUUCUAUGCUCCCUGGUGUGGCCACUGUAAACAGCUGGAGCCAAUUUACGCCAAGGCAGCUGGGAAGCUGAAGUCGGAGGAAUCAGCGAUGCGUUUGGCCAAAGUGAACGCCAUAGAGGAGAAGGAGCUGGCUGAUGAGUUUGACAUCCAAAGCUUCCCCACUCUGAAACUGUUCGUGAAUGGAGACCGCAAGCAGCCUGUUGACUUCACUGGUAAGAGGACGGUCGAGGGAAUGAUCGAGUGGAUGAAGCGUCGUACAGGUCCUGGAGCUCCAGUGCUCGACUCUGCAGACGCUGCAGCUCAGUUCAUCGAUUCUCAUAAGAUCGCUGUUGUCGGAUUCUUUGAUGAUCUAGAAAGUGAGGCGGCCAAGGCGUUCAAGGAGGUGUCUUUCGAUCUGACUAUCUCUGAGUUUGCUGUGUCAGCGAGUCCUGAGGUUUUCCAGAAGUAUGAAGUAAAAGCCAACACAGUGGUGCUCUUCAAGAAGUUUGAUGACGGCAGAGCUGACUUUGCAUUAGAAGAUGGGACGCUGGACAAAAACCAGGUCACCACAUUCAUCAAGGAGAACAGCCUCGAGCUGAUCAUCCCGUUCAACGAGGAGACCACAGAUUUGAUCUUCAGCUCCAGCAUCCAUUUGCACAGCCUGCUGUUCAUCAACUCCUCUGUGGAGAGUCAGACAGCCCUGGUGGACGAAUCCAGGACUGUUGCCAAGACGUUCAAGGGCAAGAUGCUGUUUGUCAUGAUCGACGUGACAGGAUCCAUUUCUCAUGUGCUGGAUUACUUUGGCGUGUCUGCAAGCGAUGCGCCCACCGUGCGCAUCAUCGACAUGGACACAGGAAAGAAGUUCACCAUCACUGCUGUGGAUCUCACAGCAGAUUCACUGGCACAGCUGUGCCAGGAUGUUUUGGAUGGUUCUGCCAAGCCCUAUUAUCGCUCUGAGGAGAUCCCAGAGGACUGGAAUAAGGGACCAGUCAAAGUCCUGGUGGGGAAGAAUUUCGAGUCUGUUGCUUUGGACCCGACCAAAAACGUCUUUGUGGAGUUCUAUGCUCCAUGGUGUGGACACUGCAAGGAACUGGCCCCCAUCUGGGAGCAGCUAGCUGAAAAGUACGCCGACAAUGAUGACAUCAUCAUAGCUAAGAUGGACUCCACAGCCAACGAGGUGGAAUCUGUGACUAUCCAGGGAUUCCCGACACUUAAAUACUUCCCAGCUGGUGGCAAAGAGGUGGUCGACUACACGGGGAAGAGGGAUCUGGAGACCUUCUCUAAGUUCCUGGAUGCUGGAGGAGAGCUGCCUCAGGAGGAAAUGAAGGAGGAUGAUGAGGAUGAUGAGGAUGAUGAGGAUGAUGAGGACUAUGAGGACGACGAGGAUGACGAGGAAGGUGACGAGGCUGGUGAUGAUAGCAAGGAGACUGAUGAGCCUGUAGACAUACCAACCAACAAAUCAUCUAAAGAUGAGCUGUGAUGUCACUUUGGUUUCUGGCCAAUCAGGAUCAACUUAGCAUCUUCCAAUUUUUAUUAAUAAAAUUAAUUCAUGUUACAAACUUGAAAUAUUCUGUACUCAUGACUGUUUAUAUUUGAUAUGUGAUUUGAUUCACAUUAGAUUUUCUAUCAUCAUGGUCCUUGCGGACAAAUUUAACUUAUUUUCAUUUAAUUUCUCUAAAUGUGUCAUGGAUUUACAUUUGCCAUCUUAGACGCUUACUGACUUUUCCAGUGUGAUGAAAAACAAAUAAAACAAAUCAUUUUAUCAUACGAGAUGUGUAUGUGAUUAAUUAAAUCAGCCAGCAUGCUUAUAACACAUUUGCCAUGAAAAUCAACAUAAUCAGAAUU